UUUUCUCAUUUCCGAUUAUCGAUCAAUUUUAUUAAUCUCGAGACGAACAACGCCGGUCAGCUCUCUCUCUCUCUCGUUUUGGCCGCCUGAACUCGCCCUACCUUUCAACCUAAACCACCAGGUCUCUCAUAAACGACAGAUAUUGAAAAUCUUUCGCAUCGUCGCGCCUCGUAUAUUUAAUUUUAUGCGCUGAAGUCCUAGAGUGGAGGCUUAAGCUUCAAUCGCCUGUGAUUUGGCUAUUUAUUUGUUAAUCCUCUUUCCUGAGGUCCGAAGAUGUGGUCUUGCUCGUGAAUUUUCGGAAAUUACUCUCCUCGGCGUCUUUGGUCUUCUUUUCCGAGCUCAAAAUCAUAUCUUGUCGUGAUAUAAAUUCAGGAGGAAGGGUGUUCAGGAGAUGAACAAUGAUGAAGAGAUUGAUAGCCCGAGUUGGGGUGCGUCAUUUUUCAUGCAAACAACUGAAGAUGUAGCUCGAGCUGUAGCAGCUGCAGCAGCUGCUGUUCGUUCACCUCGACCUUCUGUGGUGUACUCAUCUAAAGACGAAAGUGGCAGCCAGCUUCAUAAACUUCAGCACCACGUGUCGAGGCUAUUGAAGGGCCUAUCCAGUCCUUCUGAAAUAAAAAGCAGUUCUUACAACCCAGAAAUACUUACUAGUCAAAAACGUCAGUGGGCAAACUUCCAACUACAGCUACUGGAUCACAGAGUAUGGAAUGAGCCGUCAAAACUGUUCGAGAGCAUGGUUGUUGUGGGACUUCCUCCUACUUCUGAUGUUCAAUCACUUCAAAAUCUGUACUUCGCCCGAAAGUUUGAAGGUUCGGGAAGAUUUCGAAAUGCACUGGGUGGUCAGCAUCAGUCUCGUAUAGAACCUAACCUUGAACCUCAGGUUUUGUUUGUGUAUCCUCCAGAAAAACAGCUACCUCUUAAAUAUAAGGAUCUACUUUCUUUCUGCUUUCCUGCAGGAAUAGAGGUGAAUGCUGUUGAGAAAACUCCAUCGAUGAGUGAGUUGAACGAGAUACUCCUUGGGCAGGAGCAUCUCAAACAGAGUGAUCUGUCCUUUGUCUUCCGACUGCAGGUAGCUGAUGCUUCAACUCUUUAUGGGUGUUGUGUUUUGGUUGAUGAAAUGAUACAAAAGCCAUCAGGAUUGAUUUCGGCCGUUUCAGAUGGGUUACCGUUGUACUCAGGUCUAAGUCGUUACACUUUAACCACACGCCGGUGUUAUUGCAUUCUUUCCAGGCUUCCAUUCUUUGAGCUUCAUUUUGGCGUGUUGAAUAGCAUCUUUAUGGAGGAGAGGUUAGAACGAUUAACGAAGCAGGUAAGUAGCUUGAAUUUUGAGACUCCAUUGAGCGAUGAUGUGUUCGAAACAGUUGAUGAAGAAGCUGGUAGUUCUCCACUGGCGGAUGGAGCAAACAGCCCAGAAAAUGGGACAGCUGAAGCUUCUAAAUCAAGCACAAGUGGAUCUAUCUCGGGUGUUACGGAUUAUGCAUCUCAGGAGCAUCAAAAUAUUAACCAAGACAGCUGCUCAAAGAAUGAGUUUGGAAACAAUGUUGCCCCACCUGAUCCUGAAGUUAAGAAACUAGUUUCUUCGGAAGAUCUUGUAAUCAACUAUUCUGUUAAUGACAAUGUUACCAAGAAUCAGUCAUCAGAUAGGCGUUCACGAAGUGCUGCUUUACCACUUUUUUUACGGUAUCAGCAAUGUGAGAGCUCUGAGUCCUCUUCAAGUGUUAAGAAACACGUCAUGAUCUUUUUAUGUAGUUAUCAAGGCUCUUCAAGUGAAGAUAGGCACCUCCAAAGUGAUCUUGAUAGUGCAGAAACAGAAGAGGCUUCGUCAUCUGGUCGGGAUAACUUGAGUGAGCAAAAGGAUAUCCUUGAGUGGGCCAAGGCAAACAGCAAGGGAUCCUUGCAAAUAAUUUGUGAAUAUUACCAAUUAUCUUGUCCUUCGCGCGGUUCAACAAUCAAGUUUCACCCUCUGGACCACCUGCAUCCUCUGCAAUAUCGUAGACCUGAUGAGACAGUUUUAAACAUUGGAGGUUCGAGGAUUGAUUUGAGAUCUUGUAAUGCAAGUUGGGAAUUCGUGGAGGCCCACAGUGAACUCAUGGUGGAGGAAGAGGCGGCUGCUUUGUCAGUAUGGGCUAUUGCCUGCCUGUGUGGUUCUCUACGAUUGGAACAUGUAAGUUCAUCAGAUGUUGGCAAUCAACAUUCUCCGUUUUCCACCUUGCGUAUGUUACUCACACUCAUGGACGAAUGUUGUUAUCUUUUACAGGUACUGACAUUGUUUGCUGGGGCCCUACUGGAGAAACAGAUUCUGAUUGUUUGUUCGAAUUUGGGUGUUUUGUCUGCUAUUGUUCUGUCAGUUAUCCCCUUGAUCCGGCCUUAUCAUUGGCAGAGCUUAUUGAUGCCUGUAAUUUCUUGUUCCGUUAUUGGCUUUGUUGCUCGUGUUUUCGACAGGUCUGUUUCAGUUCUGCCGAAUGACAUGCUGGACUUUUUGGAUGCACCUGUCCCUUACAUAGUAGGUGUAAAAAACAAGACAACUGAAGUGCAGGCAAAGUUAACAAAUGUCAUUGUAGUGGAUGCAAAUAGGAACCAGGUGAAAUCACCAACAAUACCUCAGCUGCCUCAACAUAAAGAACUGUAUUCAUGUCUUAGCCCUUACCAUGCAAAGCUGGUGGGAGAAAGUUAUUUGGGCAAGAAAAGGCCAGUUUAUGAUUGUACUGACGUGCAGGUUGUGUUUGUGUCUUUAAUCAAAUAG